AUGUAUGUGAAAUGCUUUGAUACAGUAAUGUUUUACUAUGUGAUUUUAGUGUAUUUUGUGAAUGUCACUUUUUCUAAUUUUUUAAUUUCCCGGCGUUCCAUCCCCAUACGUCGCAGGGAAUGGAACCCAGAAGACGGAUGCCGGCAUCGGCCGAAGGACAUUGCCAAGGACACUGCAGGAGGGACAUCGUGGGAGCGAAGGACAAGGUAAGUGAAGAAGAGAUCCCGGAGCAGCGCUGCAAGGUAUUCCUAAGUGUAGCUCAGGGUUACCGCUUGUGCUACACUCGGAAAUACCGCCAGGGAGGUUA